CACCACCCUUAUCUUGAAAAAGUAGCUCAUUUAUUUCUUUUGAAAUUCCAGAAUAUAGUUUAUCGAUCGCUUAACUCUUCAAUUGUUCAACCAUAAAAGUGAAUAAAAAACUGUUUAUUAUAUUCUGAAAGAAAAUAAUUGUCUUAGCACUUUUGUCCUGGCGCAGAGAAACCGGAAGUAAGAUGGCCGAAAGCACAACAACAUGCUAAAUCUGUCAAUAUUUUGUGUGGUAUUUUCCCCAACUUAUAGACGAUUCUGCUUAAAAUCUUUCAACAAGUCAACAACAGUUUAUAAUUCCAAUUGAAAAUGGCUGAUAGUUUAACUGAUAAUCUGUUAGUCAGUAAUGACACAGAGGGUUGUAAUUCUGAAAAUACUUACCCCACCCACUUGGAUAGCCCAGCGAACAAAACUUGUCUUUCAGCGAAAUCAGAGAAGCAUCCAUUAAAUGGAAUGACGAAACAUUCAUCUGAAAUAAAUGGUGUAAUAGGCCAAAGUCCAGAAAAGGUGGAUGGUCAUACCAUUUUUGAAGAAGCCGAAAAUGGCACUGACACUUCCACUUCGGAACUCAAUGCAGAAACUGUAGGAAGAGUCAGUUGUGUAGAGGAUUGUGAGGAUGAAGACUGUGGUUGUAGUAAAUCCAUUGCAAAAGACAUAAGCCAGAUAGUAUCAAAUCUUAAGUCUUUAAACAUGCUAGGUGCUGGUGAUACACUAACAGUUGAACAAGAUAUUUCAAAUGGAAUAGAAUAUGUUGUGUAUGAGUCGGAACUACAAAUGCCUGAUAUUAUGAGGCUUAUAACGAAAGACUUGUCAGAGCCAUAUUCAAUCUACACAUACAGAUACUUCAUUCAUAAUUGGCCGAAACUAUGUUUCCUUGCAAUGGAUGGAGGAAAAUGUGUCGGAGCGAUCGUCUGCAAACUGGACAUGCACAAAAAAAUGGUUCGCAGAGGGUACAUAGCUAUGUUGGCCGUUGAUGCAGAAUACAGAAGGAAGAAAAUUGGAUCCCAUUUGGUGUUAAAGGCAAUAAAAGCCAUGAUUGCUGAUGACUGUGAUGAGGUUGUUUUAGAGACAGAAAUAACGAAUCAGUCUGCUCUUCGUCUCUACGAAAAUUUAGGAUUUGUUCGUGAUAAGCGUCUUUUUCGCUAUUAUCUGAAUGGUGUUGACGCCUUGAGACUCAAAUUAUGGCUGCGAUAACUUUGUUAAAUUGUUAAGUAGUUUAACUAUGUUAAGUUGUUGUUGAGUUUUGUAUAGGGGCAUAAAAUAGGUUGAUGCAAAAAAUAUUUAUCCUUGUUAUGUUUAACUCAUUUGACUAAUGAUCCAUACAAAAAGAAACAUAUGAUGUGUGCCCAGACAAAAUAAUAUAAGUGGAAUUUUGGUGCUUUUUUAAAUGGGGAGGUUGUUGCCAGGCAACUAUUAAUGGGGGAAAAAGCAUUAAAUUUAUAAAAGCUAACAUUUUUAUCUGUUCACAAAUCGUUUGCUUUUUCAGUUCUGAUCAUUUGUCAAAUGUGUUUAACAGAAUAAUGCAUUAAAAUAGAAUAAAACUGAAAAAAUUGUCAUCAACCUAUAUUGUGCCCCUUCAAUAUGAGUUAAGAACCAUUUAAAUGCAACCCUAUGUAUAGAUAUAAGUUAUGGCUACUAGUAUGUUUAGGGGAAAAAUGAGGGAAGCUGAAGAAUAAACAUGAUUAUUUUGUGUAUACUGUGAAGAUUCAUGCAGCUUUUUAACAAAAGCCUACAAUUCCUGCCAAUGAAUUGCCCAUUGCAGAUUUACAACUUUACUAAAAUGAUGAUCUAUUUAUAGCCGUAGAUUGGUUUGUUAACUAAAAUGAUGAUCUAUUUAUAGCCAUAGAUUGGUUUGUUAACUAAAAUGAUGAUCUAUUUAUAGCCGUAGAUUGGUUUGUUAACUAAAAUGAUGAUCUAUUUAUUGCAGUAGAUUGGUUUGUUAACUAAAAUGAUGAUCUAUUUAUAGCUGUAGAUUGGUUUGUUAACUAAAAUGAUGAUCUAUUUAUAGCCGUAGAUUGGUUUGUUAACUAAAAUGAUCUAUUUAUAGCAGUAGAUAGGUUUGUUUACUAAAAUGAUUAUCUCUUUAUAGCAGUAGAUUGGUUUGUUAACUUAAAUGAUGAUCUAUUUAUAGCAGUAGAUUGGCUUGUUUGAUUCAGGAGUCUUAAGUAAAAAACAACAACAUAAAAUUCCAAACUAGAGCUUAUCAUUAGUUCUUACAAUAUAUAUAAGUUACAUUUAUUUAUGAAACCAUAGCUAACUGUAUUAUAGCAAUUGUGUAGAUAAUGACAGGGGCCGGUAUGUUUCCUUAUAAAUGUUUACGUUUAUAUAUUAGAGAAUGGGUAUUUAUUUACAUAACAAUAUUAUAUACAUUGGUUUACAUGUAAAGACUAAGAGGUUAAUUUAUGGAAACAAGCUUGCUCUGUAUGAACAAACGUUUUAUGUUUGCAAAAUUUAUUUUUUAAUUGAUGAAUGAAGUGUGCAUGAUGGUUAAUGAACUGUUUGAGCAAUUAUAAAAGACUUGGACCCAUUUCUUAAUUCUACCUCUUAGUCUUGUAUUAAUUGAAAACAAAAAUCCUUUAAACAAAAUAUCCGCUCAGAAACAUUCAUGUUCAGUGUGUUGUAUUUUUAAUAAAAUUGAGAAUUCUUAAUUUUAAGCCUGUUUUUCAAAGAGUUGGGGAAUUGUCAUAGCCUUGGUGUUAAUGUAUAGUUAAGUCUUUGUUUAUAUGAAUAUAUCAGUUUAAACAUAGUCUGGCCCGGUGAAGAUUAGUGAUUGAAAUUAUGUUUUGUCUCCUGGCACAUCCUCUGUUUAAAUUGACCAAUGAACCUGGUGAAAAUGAAUAGUGGCCGACUGCUGAAUUACUAAAUAAAUAUUAUGUGAACUUAAAAAAUACCGAUGAAUUGAGCAAAAUACAUUUUCCAACAUCUAUAGUUGUUAUGUGUGGCAAUGGAAAGCUGUUGAAAUAUUCACAUGAAAUUUUGUAUACAUAGGGCCGAUUGUUUAGAACUUUUUUAAAGGUGUUGACAUCAUUGUCUACAUCUAUAUUUUAACAAAGAUUUGUUUAUAAGUUGUACUCUUUAAAUAAGUUCUGAAUAAUCAGUCCAUUGUUUUAAAUGUUUGUAUUAAAAGUUUCCAGCGAUACUUUUGGAGUAAUUCCCCUCAAAUCAAGUGAAAGAAACAGAUUAGCCUCAGCAUGCAGUAGGAAUUGCUAUUUCAAAUAAAUUGCCAAAAUGUUUUUGUAACAUUGUAUAUUCAGUAUCUCUAGUGAAUAUCAGUCAGUUGCAUCAUAUUCAAUAAUAUUUUUAACUGCCUGCAAAAGUUAGCAUUGUAUUUGCCAUAAGAGAGUAUGGAGAUAUUGCAGACUUGUUAUUAUUGUUACUAAAUUGUUGUAUGAUUUGUACAUAGAAAGUCUUUACAUUUUAUCUUAACAACCCUCCUUUGCAACUGAAUAAUAAAUUAUUGAAAUGUUA